AUGGGCUUCCUUAAUGUCCUCGAGGACAAGCAUCUUACUCAUGUGCCUGCCACCGUCAUUCUUAAUGAACAGGAUCAUCAACACACGGAAGAGACAGCUGGACUGAAGCGUGGAAGCGGCAAAGAUGCAGAUAUUAUCUUGAUUCCUCAACCGAGCGAGGACCCGAAUGACCCACUCAACUGGUCCACCACCAAGAAAUGGACCAUCAUGUCCAUUGUCGCAUUCGGAUCCGUUCUCUAUGCUGCUGUACUUGCUCCUCUACUGUCUCCCGCCCUGGUGCUUAUUGCGAUGGACUUUGGGAAACAGAUCGGUGAUAUCACUGUCAUCUCUGGCUACAUGUUGUUGGUGACCGGCGGCGUAGGACCACUCGUUAGUGCGUUAUCUCGGAAGUAUGGCAAGAGACCUAUGUUGCUGCUCGCAUCCAUCUUUGGCCUGAUCGGGACGGUGGUGUGUAGUGCAGCGUACAGUUAUGAAGGACUGUUGGCUGGCCGCAUUAUUCAGGGCGGUUCCAUAUCAGCCUUCGAGUCCCUUGUUGUCGCUAUGAUUGGCGACUUGUUCUUCGUUCACCAGCGAGGCGGAUUCAUGACCCUGAUCCAAUUCAUCCUGGGUGCUGCUUCGAACUUCUCCGCCAUCAUCGUCGGCCCCAUCGCGACGAACCUCGGAUGGCGUUAUUUGUUCCACAUCCUCAUCCCUUUUGUGGCUAUCGAAUGUAUUCUGUUGUACUUCUUCGUUCCUGAAACGACUUACAUCCGAGACCAUCGCUACGAUAUCGAUGAACUAUCCAACGACAACCUUGCAGAUCUCGCUGCUGUCGAGAAAAGACACGCGACCCCUGGUAACUCUCAAGAGAAGGAAGGCAACGACAUGGUCAAGAUCCAGACGACUACAAGCUCGCCCCCUGGGCGCCGACCAAAGAAGACGUUUGUGCAAGAACUCGCCAUCUUCACUGGCACAUAUUCGAGCGACAACCUCUUGCAACUCACCAUCGCCCCGUUCGCCGUCUGCGCCAACCUCGCCGUACUCUGGAUGGUCAUCGUAACCGGCGGUCUAACAGCCCUAUUCGUCGCGCAAUCCUACGACAUGGCGCAAAUCUUCAUGGCGCCUCCCUACGGCCUCACCGCAGCAGGCGUAGGCUACCUCUCCCUCGGCCCCUUCCUCGGCGGCCUGUUCGGCUCCAUAAUGCUAGGCGCGACUCUCGACCCGCUGAUAAAAUGGUGCGCGAAAAAGAACGGCGGCGUCUACGAGCCCGAAUACCGCCUGCUAGGCAUGAUACCCUCCAUCUUCAUUGUCAUCGGUCUCUGCCUCUUCGGCUACCUCGCGGAGAAGGGCUCCUCGUUCUACGCCACGGCGUUCUUCCACGGCAUGGAUCUGUUCGGCAUCGUGUGCGCUGCUAUCGCCGCGUCGACCUACGUCCUAGACUCGUUCCGCGAUAUCAGCUCCGAAGUCUUCAUUAUGAAUAUGGUGUUUAAGAACUUUUUGUUUUAUGGGUUUAGCUACUUUGUUAAUGAUUGGACGAAGAGGGAUGGGCCUGCGAAGGUGUUUUAUGUGUUUGGUGGGUUGGCGGCGGCCAUGAUUGUUACUACGCCUGUGUUCUUCUUCUGGGGCAAGAAGUAUCGGAGUUAUUGGCAUAGGCAUAAUUUGCUUCAGAUGUGGGGGAUUACUACGCAUGCGGAGUUGUAG